AUGUCGAACUCCGGUGACGCAAACACAACAUCACAAGAGCAAGAGCAAGAAUGGGCAACAAUGGCACAAGCCUGGCUUUGUUCUUUCCCCGAGGCCAAAGAAGUAAGCAUGACGGAGGUUGAAGCUUGGAUCGACGCUAACCUCUCUUCUCUCCCGGAGGGAAUCCAAUCCAUGCCUCGCUCCGACCUAUGUCUCAGGCUCAUCUCAAUUCAAAACUCCAUGAGACUCCCAAAUCAGGAAAAUGAAGAGAAUAAUGUUGACGUUCCUCAUGCUAGGUUUCAACGCACUGAUCAAUGGCUUCCGGUUUAUGCGUGGUUAGAAACUUUGAAUAAGGAUGAAGUGGUUAAGUCUAAGGAAAUUGCUGACUGGUUAGAGCAGAACCCUAACAUUCAAGAACAGUUAUGCUCGAGGCAUUCGAGAUAUCAUUUGAUGCACUAUGUUAAAAAAUGCCAUUUCAAAAUAUUGAAAAGAAGGCAAAAGGGGAAGGGUUUGGUAGAACAGCCUGGCAAAGACAUGUCAUUAAAGGUUCAGAAAGAUGUCGUGAUGAAACACCCAGCCCCAUUUCCAAAUAGUUCUGUAAACAAUCUUCCCAAAGAUAGUGAUUUAUACUUGGCCAAAAGAAAUGAAGCCUAUCAAAAAUAUGAGAUUUUACUUGAGUUGGAGAAGCUGUUUUCCCCAGUAUUCUCAAAGCCUCAUAUCAUCAACCAGUGA